GGCGGCCGCUGGGAGGGCGCUGCAGAUCUGCUGGCGCCAGGGGCUUCCUGCUCGGCUCUGCAGGGCGCGGUGGCUCGCUGGGCCCUGGGUGGGCGGGGCCGCACCCCCGCAGUCGCCUGUAAAGGAGGGACCAGACUGUGCGGGUUAACUUGAGAAGUGGCGGCUCUAGGUUCUGGUGCGAGACUCCUUAUUUGUGUUGUAAAUUUGGACGGAGGUAGAGAUGGACGCUGCUCUCCUUAACACUGAGUUCUCAGUCUGGAAAGGUAAAGACAUUUGAACUACGAGCACAUCAGGUGGCGCUGGGAGCUCUCUUACUGCACAUUGAGAAGUUCAUCUCAGAUCAACAUAGACAUUGACAUAUGUGCCUGACCACAUCUUGCCCUUGCUGACUGUAUAUGUGGCUGUAACCUCUUGGGCAGGGGGAAGACCUGCUUUCAUUGUUGCUACUUCACCUCCAGGCUGUCGUCCCUCAGAAAAAUGGUGGGAAGGUUACUACUGCUCCAGAAAAUAAAGUCGGGGGGGAAAACGUCUCUGGCUCCCGUGGUUGCUGAGAAACUAACAUCACCACACAGGAAGACGGCCACAUGGGCCAAAUUGCCAAAAGACAGGAGGAGUGCCAAGAAGAGAAGUGGGAACGAUGAGGAGGAAGAAGAUAAGAACACGGAGUUGGGCCAAGAUGGGAAAGAGCCUAUCAAAAAAACACCUGAUAAAUGGAAGAAGGAGAUGGCUAAACAGAAGGCUUCCCCUGAAAUCAAAAAACAGAGAUUGGAAGCUCGAAAUACCAAAACACUUUUGAUCAAGGACCUGCCUGAUAAAGUCACUCAGCGUGAGUUAAAAGAAGUGUUUAAGGAUGCCUUUCAAAUCAGAUUGGUGAGCAAGGAUGGGAUGAAUAAAAGGAUCGCCUAUGCUGACUUCAAAUCACAGGCUGAUGCAGAGAGGGCCUUGGACGACAAGCAAGGAACAAAGAUUGGAGGGCUUGCCAUAGCUCUGGACCCUGUUGGAGAGAAAAGUCAAGGCCAAGAAGAGAGAGGCUGGAAGAACAGCAUGUGGAGAAUGGGAAAACGAAAGCUAGAGCAAGAAAGCCACACAUUUCAAGAAAAAUGGGAACGAGCCUAUUUCUUUGUGGAGGUAAAGAAUGUCCCUACGUGUUUAAUAUGCAAACAAAGCGUGUCUGUGUCGAAGGAGUAUCACCUCAGACACCAUUAUGAAACAAACCACAGCAGGAACCAUGAGGGAUAUACAGAAAAGAUGCGUGAUAGAAAACUAAAUGAGCUGAAAAAAAGACUGAAAUUUCAACAUGAUGUCCUUUUGAACGUGAAUAAAAUAAGUGAUGCUGCUAUGAAAUGCAGUUACGUAUUAAGUGAGAAAAUUGCCCGGGCGUCCAAACCUUUUACAGAUGGCGAGUUUAUAAAGGAAUGUCUGUUGAGUGCCGCGGAGAUUAUGUGCCCUGAACAGAGACACGCAUUUGCGAACAUAAGACUAAGUGCUAAUAUUGUUCCGCAGCACGUUGGCGAUGUGGCUGGGAACUUACAGGACAAGUUGCGAGGAAAAGGUAAAUCAUUUGUAGCUUUCUCCAUUGCAGCUCAUGAAGGGGCUGAUGUAGAUAAUGCCCCCCAACUGGCUGUAUUUAUUCGUGGUGUUGACGAAACUUUUGAUGUGACCGAAGAGCUUUUGGACAUGGUACCCAUGACAGGCACCUCAUCAGGAAACGAAUUAUUUGUAUGUGUUGAGGAAAGUCUUAAAAAAUUUAAUGUAGACUGGUCGAAAUUAGUCAGUGUUAGCACCGAUGGCAAUUCUGCACUGGUUGGUGUUGAGCAACUGGUUACAGAACUUAAAUCUAAGGUGUCAGGGCUUUGCAAAGACACAGAGCUUAAGUCUGUGCACGGCCUCAUUCUCCAGGAGUCACUUUGCACUAAAAAGUUAAAAAUGGAUCAUGUCAUGGACAUAGUAAUUCACACCAUAACCUGGAUACGUUCCCAUGGCUCAGACCACAGAGAGUUCAGUGCUUUGUUCAGUGAGUUAGAUGCACAGUAUGGAAGCUUGUUCUCCGUGGGACUUAAGUGGCUGAGUCGUGGCAUGGUGUUAAGGCGGUUUUUCGAACUGUUGGAAGAAAUUGAUUUUUUCAUGUCUUCUAAAGGAAAACCUGUUCCCCAGCUUACUAGCAAAGAUUGGGUCAAAGACUUAGCCUUUCUGGUUGACAUUAUGACUUACCUAAACAUGUUGGAUAUCUCCCUGCAAAGGCGUUCACAAGUGGUUACGCAGAUGUAUGACUCAAUUCACUCGUUUUUGAUGAAACUGUGUCUUUGGGAGACUCAUUUGGCGAGGAACAAUCUGGCCCACUUCCCCACGCUGAAAUUAGUUUCCGAAAAUGAAAGAGAUGGCCUGAACUAUAUCCCCAGAAUUAAAGAGUUGAAGACUGAGUUCCAAAAACGGUUCUCUGAUUUCAAACUUUAUGAAAGCGAGCUGACGUUGUUCAGUUCACCUUUCUCAGUUAAUAUUAACAACGUGAGCGAGGAGCUACAGAUGGAGGUUAUUGAACUACAGUGCAACACGAUACUGAAAACGAAAUACGACUGUGUCGGAAUCCCAGAAUUCUACAAACACCUUGGGAAUGGUUACCCUAAAUAUAAGAACCAUUGUGCAAAGAUUCUGUCCAUGUUUGGAAGUACCUACGUUUGUGAGCAGCUAUUUUCAGUUAUGAAACAACAGAAAACUACUAAGUAUUGCCCCCAGUUAAAAGGUUCAGGGGUGACUUCCCUGCGGCACGUCGCUGCACCAGAUACACACCCUGGCGUCGAAUGACACCUCGGGGCUUAAGAAAGGAAUGUCACGUUUUGGAUUUCAAAUCUAAGGAGUAAUACAUUAUGAGACUGAUUAUUUCGAUUUCCAAAUUGUAUUUGUUCACUGUCAAAUUUAAACUACAAUCUCUGGCAUCCUAUGUUUGUAUCUUACCACGUAUAAAAUAAAGUUUGAUUAUACCUUGGCGGUUUAUUUUCCCCCUGCCGUACCUUUCUGGCCCUGAAGAGUGAUUCAUGUUGGUAAACCUCUGCCCUAGAAGCAAUCGCGUUUUUCCCAAAGGCACUUGUGAACCGGGGAUGUGAACCAGGGAGUCCGCUGGAUGAAUGGGGUGUUUAGAUGCCUAGAGCAGCUCUAUCCCCAAGGAUGACAGACUCAGCCCCCUCCCUGAAGAGAGCUGGGACAGCAUAGCUGAUACUGGCCCCUCGGCUUCUCUUUUGGUGCUUCCAUUUUGGAUUUACACAUUUCUUUGAAAUUUCAAUGUUGUUGGUCAGCAUUAGAAGAAGUUGUGGCUGGUCCCACAGCCAUUCUGCCUCUUACAGGCACGGAUAGGCAUUUCCUCCCCAUCAGGGCCACCCCCAAGGGGAUGCAGAAUGAGGUGUCCGUGUCGAAGAGCUUAUGAGCAUCAUUCUGGGGAGAAGGCCCAUAGGUACCAGCAGCCCCUUACAAAUGUCUGUGACCCAAAAUGUGUUUUUCCACUGUGAAAUUGGGACAUGACUGCUCACUGUUACAGACACUGUAUUUUAAAUAGUCCAAUUAUGGGGCGCCCGGGCAGCUCAGUUGGUUAAGCGUCCAACAUUG